AUGCCAUGGAAAGCUCGAGAUCCAGUAUCCCAAGUAGUGCGCUACGGUGCAUGGCUAGGAGUGAUGAUUGCAUAUGUCUUUACGGGAGCGAGAUGCCUUCGAUCUUACAGCACUUUUGUCCUAUACUCCAUGGGUGGUUGGUCCCACAGUGCUGCCUUGAUGCAGUCACUCAUUAUAGGGAUACUCCGACUUCCCACAACUUUGAUACCCGUCUUCCUAGUAGAUCGUAUUGGCAGACGGCCAAUGCUCAUCGGCUCAACUGCUGUAUGCUUCUUUUCUUUGAUUCUUAUGGUGAUUGGUAUCAAUGUAGGGCCUAGCUUAAAGGUAGCAACUCUCAUAGGGCUUACCACUCUUCUGCUCAUAAGUGCUUGUGGAAUAGGUUCUUUGUCUCGGUUUUACUCGGCCGAGCUGGUUCCUAGAAAUAUCCUUCUCUCAUCGGUUUCGAUUCUCACUAUGUUCGAGGCGCUCACAAAAAUCGGAGUUGAAUUUGCAUUCUAUCCGCUAGCUAAUGUGAUCUACGCCCAAUCACUGCUCAUGUUCCUCGUGCCCACAGGUAUCUUUACGGUAAUGAUGUGGUACUGUCCAGAAACGAGCAGGCGCUCAGUAAAUGAAGUGCUGAAUGAAAUGGCGCAACAAAGGAAGAUUGACGUGUCCUUCUUGACGUGA